AACACGAUACAUAAUAUUUUGCUUUCUGCCUUCAGCGGUUCAGCAUUAUAAUACUAUUCAUUCAAUCGUUUACAUUUUAAAUCUUUUUCAGCAUAAAGUUGUUCAUUGUUACUUUAGUUAUUUGUUUUUGUAUUUUGUUCUCGAGUCUUGACACAGUGCUCAGUGUACUUGAAAUAUCUAUUUUCUUAUGCAAUGUGGUUUUUAGUGAUUUGAAUGUUCCUCAGUUUCUGUAGUUACUUGUUUUAUUUAAAUAUUUUGCUUUCCAUAUAACGAAUGACAAAUUACCGUUUUGGAAAUAUAACUUUUAACAGUUAAGAUUUUAUUAUUCUGUUAAUCUUAAAGGAACAAUGGAUAUCCCCAACGAAUUGCCUAUUAUUUAUACAACACCAGUUUUGAUUCCUGGUUUUAUUUUGAAAAUUCGAUUACAAGUUGAAAAAUACUCUAAUCUAUUGAAUUAUCUUCAAACUAAUCAUGACUCAAAAUCAAUACAUAUUGGUGUAAUACCAAAAACAGAUUUUGAAAAGGUUGACAAUGUAAUUGGAACCGUGGGUCUAGUUCGAAGUAUAAUUAAAAUUGAUUCUGUUCCUGAAGAUUUUUUUUUGUUUAUUGAAGGAAUAUGUCGUUUUAAAUUGGAUGUAAAGAUAGCUGAAGAACCAUUACAAAUUAAUAAAAUCAUGACAAUUGAAAAUUUUAAAAGCCUCCAAGGUGACGAAAAGGAAAUAAAUGAACUCAUAGCUGAAUUUAAAAAAGUGUUGAUUGACUAUUUGACAUAUUCUGAACCAAACGUAUCAAAAGUAUUUGCAAAAGAAUCUUUAAAGAUCUUAUUUAAUAAACUUCCCUUGCAUCAAAUUGUUGAUUAUUAUUUAAAAUCUUUUAUUCACUUAACUCCAGAUGAUGCCUAUGUAAUUCUUAGAGCUACAAACUUAAACGAUAUAUUAAGAUUUGUUACAGAUUGGUUAAAACGAGAAACAAUUAAAGAAAAUAAAUAUUCAAAUUCUGUAAAAACUGGUUUAAUUCCAGUUCCUUCAAUAACUCUUAAUGAUAUUGCUGGAAAAAAUAAUGUUAUGUUCAAAAUGCCCGCUUCACAUGAAUUACAUGAAUUACUUAAAGCAAUUAAAGGUUCUGGCAUGCCAACUCCAAUACAUAAAGAGAUUAUGAAAGAAUUUAAAAGACUUCAUGAAAUUAAUACUAGCAAUCCUGAUUAUUCUGUAUGUAUAAAUUAUAUCAGAUAUGUUGUUAAUUUACCUUGGAACAAACGUACAGAAGAAACCUUAGAUCUGGAAAAAGCCAGAAAUAUGUUAAAAUUAGACCAUUAUGCCAUGGAUAAGGUCAAAAAUAGAAUACUGCAAUUCAUUGCUGUAAAAAUAUUGAACCCAGAUCGGCGAGGACCUAUACUUUGUUUUGUUGGACCACCCGGUGUUGGCAAAACAACUAUUGCUAAAGCCAUUGCUAAUUCGUUAAAUCGAACUUUUAAAAGAAUAUCAUUAGGUGGAAUAAAUCACUAUUCUGAUAUUAAAGGACACAGAAGAACAUAUAUUGGGGCUAUGCCUGGUUGUAUAAUGCAAGCUAUUAAUCAAGCAAAAACAAAUAAUCCUGUUAUUUUAUUGGAUGAAAUUGAUAAGAUGUAUAAAGGUUCAAGUGGUGACCCCGCUGCAGCAUUAUUAGAAGUUUUAGAUCCUGAACAAAAUAGCUCGUUUGUCGAUUCAUAUGUUAAUUUGCCGUUUGAUGUCAGUCAAGUAAUGUUUAUUUCAACUGCUAAUAGUGCUUUUAGAAUACCACAGACAUUACGUGAUCGAAUGGAGAUAAUUUAUUUGGAAGGAUACACAGAAGAUGAAAAAAUGCAAAUUGCAGAACUUUAUUUGAUUCCCAAGAUACUUAAAGAUCACAAUAUGAAUGAAUUACAGAUAACUAUUUGCAAAGAAACUAUAAAAGAUAUAAUUCAAAAAUAUACAAAUGAAACUGGUGUACGAGAAUUGCAGCGUAAACUUGAAGUUAUUUGUCAUUAUAUUGCUGUUGACAUGGUUGAAAAUAGUAAUAAAAAAAUAAAAAACUAUGUGAUCACACCAGAAAUAUUAUUGAAUAUUCUUGAUAAUGAAUUAUAUAAUGUGAAAAGUACAUUGGUAGAACAAAGUUGUAAUAAAGUAGGUGUUUCCAUUGGAUUAUCAUGGUCCCCAGUUGGUGGUAAAAUUCAAAUUAUUGAAGCAACUAAGUUGCAUUCAAGAAAUGAGAAAUAUGGUAUAAUACUAACUGGUCUAGCUGGUCAGACUCUAAAAGAAUCGGUUAUGAUUGCACAGAAUUGGAUACAAUCAUUUGUAAAAAACAAUGAAGUUAACAUAAAUGAUUUUUGCGCUCAUGUUCAUUUACCUACCGGAGGAAUUCCAAAAGAUGGACCAUCUGCUGGGAUUUCAAUUGCUUGUGCAUUAAUCUCUCUUUACUGGAAAAUACCUUUAAGGCCAAUGAUUGGAAUGACUGGUGAAAUAUCAUUGAGUGGAUAUGUGUUGCCUGUAGGUGGCCUGAAAGAAAAGAUUAUAGCGGCACACAACUCAAAUAUUAGAACUAUUAUCAUACCUGAACUUAACCAGAAAGAUAUAAAAAAAAUACCCAAAAACAUCAGAGAGGAUAUAAAUAUUAUUCCAGUGAAACAUAUAGAGGAAGUAUUGGAUAUUGUUUUUCCUGGAGGAUUGGCAAUGCUGCAAAAUCCAUCAUUUGUAACAAUGGGAACAUGUAAACUUUAGUCCUAAAAUAUUACAAACCAUUAUUUAUUUAUAUUUUUAUUAUUUUAAACAAUACCAUGUAAUACAUAAGAUACAUGUUUUAAUAUUUAUAAGUUACUUAAUUAAUUUAAAUGGACAAA